CACGAACUUACCCAUGCUCAGCAUGUGGUUGUACUGCCAAUUGCAGGUAUAUAUACGCUUACACUAUGUUUGCAGAGGUACCUCGUGCAAAAUUACCUCUAUGGCAUUGAGAGAAGCUGUCCCGCUAGGGACAGGAAAUCUGGUAGCAAGUGCAGCGGUUGCACAGAUGCAUAUGAUUUUAUGGAUGCGAGGAUGGAGAAUGCGAAGGAGUUGCUUGCACAAUGUACGAUGGUCAAGCGUUAAGCAAGAUAGUCUUGUUGGAAUGUCACAUUCUACUUUACCCAUAACACGACCGUGUUACACUUGACAAGAAAAAUGUGGACAGCCUUCCAGUCCUACUUCGACCCGGAUACUACUAACUAGGGCGCUCUAUAUGAAGUAGCAAACGCUCAGUUGCAUCGGCAAGCCGACAUAACAAGGUCGUUGUUAUUACUAUGGUUCUGCCAUAUCAUAAGAUCUGGGAGAAACAUAAGGAUCUAAUUUUGCCAGGCUCUGCAGGGUGGGCAGACUCUCCCUUUGUUAAGGGGCAAACGAGAUGGGUGCAUAUUGCAAGGU